GGGUCUGUGGUCUGAUAAUGCCUGAUUUUAAAUGUGUUUGUCUCAUGUAAAUUAGAUGCAAGUACCAAUAGUCUAAAAAGGGAUAUUUCAUUAGAUUUACCUCAACACAGACCAAUGUGAGAGUGAGUGAAGAGGAAACAAAAUGUCGACUCAUAACGGGGUAUACACACCAAGCCCUACACCCAAGCCUCACCCCCGGGUUAGACCUGAGGCUGCUGAGAAUGCUAACAGACAGAAGGAUGCUGGGAACUGGUUCAGUCAUGAUAAUGGACAAGAUUAUCAUUCUCCACUUCCAAGAGAGAGGAUCAUGUCCGCUGAGGCUCGGAGGAAUGCUCAACACAAUAAAGGGUCCCUUGGAGACCUGAUGUCUGGAAAGAGCAGUAACACUCCAGAUUUUGAGGUCCACCACCGCGUAAAACCAGAGGCUGAGGAGUAUGCCAACAGGAAUCGAGGGGCCAUGGAAAAAUGGUUUGAUUAUAGCCAGAAUCAAAAAUAUGAAUCUCCUCGCCCAGGGGAGAGACUGAGGACAGAGGAAGCUAAAAGGGUGGCUGAGGUCAAUAAGGGGGUGAUGGGUGAGUGUAUGGGGGGAUAUGCUGAUCCUCCCGUGAAGAAAGCUGUACAUCCAAGAACUGUUAAGGCAGAAGCUGCAGAAAUGGCAGACAAAGGGAAAGGGGGAGCCAUGAAAGAUUUGAUGGUGAAUUACGGUAAUCUCCGCGUUGAUGAUGGGAGACAAGGGCCAAAAGUUAAAGGGAUGGAUGCAGAGGAAUAUGCAGAGAGAAACAAAGGGACUGUAAGUAAGCUGAUGAACAAUUACGCUGAUGUCCCGUUACCUGAGCAGCCUGCCCCCAAGGUUUACUUUGGAGGGGAGGAGGUGCAGGAGAAAUACCAAGGGAAGGAUAUGGGACCAAUGCUUAGGAUGGAGGGACGCCUACCUGAACAUGAACCCAAGAUCAGCAAACUCCACCAGGAGUCCCAGGGACCAGGAUGGGAUGAGACUCCACCUGUUGUAAGGUCAAGACCAGAAGGUGAUCGAGUAGCAGAUAAAUAUCAUGAACAGCAUGUUAAAAAUCUCCAAGUCAUGGACAUGGAGGCACCCCCACCGUCUGUCCGCACCCCUAAGGUACCCCCACAACUGCAGGAGUCAGAAACACCGCGACCCAGGACUUCACCACCGCGCAUGCGUCCUGAAGGUAGAUUUUCCUAUCAGAAAAAUCAGUCAUCAGAGAUGUUUUCCAUUAUGAAAGGGGAGACCAACCAAGUGUCAACACCACGUAAAAUAAAUCGAAUGAUGCAGAGAUCAGAAAACUGGUAAAUCUAGUCACCAGGAAACAGUUAUCUGCCCUUGUCAACAGUGACAGAGCCCGUAAUCUCAAGUUGUAUGUCAUAUCCAGUCUCUUUAUUUUUUGCCUUUUGAACUUUUGUUGCUGUUUAUAAUUUUUAUAUUUUAGCCAUUUUUUAAUAUAUAUUAAAGGUCAUUGUUUCGUUCAUAACCAUCUUAUCAUACAAAUGCAUACCUACUUGAUAUGAUUUAAGCUUAACAUUAUACCUUUUCCAAAAAUUUUAGAAAAGUAAUUUUAAAUUUUUGCUGUUCUGUAGGGAAAAUAAUAUUUACACUUUACAUAUCAAGUAAACUUUUAAACUAGACUGUUCCUGUAUGGUAGAAAUUAGAAUCUAGGAUGGAGGCCAAUUAUUGGUAGGAUUAAUGUUAGAAUUUAAUAUCAGUUGCAUAUGUCAAGUUGUUGUUGGGAAAAAAUGUGUGUUCAUGAUUGAAUACUCCACUUUGGUUGUGAUUUUUUUUAACUUUGAAGAUUGUCUUAAUGGUGCUAUAAUACGUAUAUCAACUGAUAAUUUUAAGAAAAAAGAAAUUAAUUUAUUACAUACAUGUACAUUAUAUGUAAGAUUUAAGGACUUAAGAAAAAAAUUCACAUGUGUGUUCAUUAGGUUGUGUUUUAAAACAUUUGAGAAUUCUUAUUUUUUAAACUAUGCAAAAUUUUAUUUUUCACAGAAAUUAAACUCAGAAAAUUACUGAAUGAAUUCAGUAAGAAAUUCAUCAUCAAUUUAUCUUUAUAUAUUUAUAUAUAAAUAUUAAAUUUGCAAGUGCCUCUUGCAGUUUCAUUGUUAAACAUAGGAAUGUGAUCUCUUAUUUUAUCAAGAACUAUUGAAAGCAGUUCAAUUUUAGUGGUUUCUCAAACGAAAGAUUAUACUUUUGUAUAUUUUUUUUAAUUUUAAUUUUUACCUCGAGUAUUUUAAAAUGAACAUCAUGAAGCACUUGUUUGUUUGGUUCUUGUAUAUUUUUGUGAUAUGAUGCUGUGUUUAUUGAUGAAUAUUUUACAGUCAGUUUGAUGGAAGUAUCUAUGCUGGAUUUGCCAUUAUUUACAAAAAGGUUUAAAUACAGAAUUGUUUGCAUUAACACAUGAAUCUGCAUCAUUUUGUAAUAGCAUAAAAAAAAAGACAACA